AUGUCAAGAAAUCUUAUUAAAUAUACUUUAUUGUUUGUACUCGUGGUUGUAGUAAAUACCAUUUGCUUGGCUGAAGAAGAAUUAUUUGAUAAGACUUGUGAGACAGUACGCAUGGCAGUUAAUUAA